AUGUUACUACCAACCGCUCAUCUUCCUCCCAUCAAACAACUACAGAGUCUAGUACUCAUCGAUGAACCUCUCCUCCAUACUCACCUCGAUUACCUUCGAUCCAUCUAUAAUCCUCCUGUGAGGGGCUCUCAUAGACGAGGGAAGCGUAUUCUUUUCUCAGUCGAUACCCAAAAUGAUGCACCGCGAGAUGGACCACAGUCGACUCUGGAACAGACAGAACUGGAAAAUCUUCGUUCAGACGCGUUCGAACAGUCUUACGCUCUCAAAUGGCUUUCUGCCCUCGUGAGAGCUGCUCAAAACAACAACAGCAACAGCAACAACAGCAACAGCAACAACAGCAACAGCAACGGAUGUUCCCUCAUCGACUCUGCCGCUGCUCUCUUAGCCUCUUGCUCAGGUACAUCCGGUGCAGGCGUUAUAACACGCGAAUUCAGCUUCUCCUCAUCCAACCUUCCUACCAAUGACAUCUCCGUCUCACUCAUAGAUCGUCCAUUGGAUAACUCUGACUUCAGAUCUGUUGGUGCUCAAACAUGGGGCGGUGCUUGUGUUCUCGCAGAGGAAAUCGUGCAGAAGUGCACGGUUCUCUUCAGCAGUUCUGGUAUUCCUUUGAGGAUACUUGAACUGGGUGCCGGAACCGGACUUGUCAGUUUAGUCGCUGCCAAAGUCUGUUCAGCGUUGUCACUGUCGGUCGAUAUUGUGGCGACAGACUACUAUCCUUCAGUCUUGCAAAAUUUAGCCAUAAACGUAGAGGCCAACUUUCCAUCCCCUUCCAAAGUCAGAAUAUCGACCCAUCCUCUCGAUUGGGAAGCUUUCGCUGCUGCCGAUCGUAACAGUCAACCUCCUCCCCCUUUUUCCCAGCCUUUCGACCUCGUACUCGGAGCAGAUAUUGUAUAUGAGGCUCCCCACGCGCAGUGGAUUCAUCAAUGUCUCCACAGACUUCUCCGCAUGCCCCCUUGUGGCGGCGUAGCACCCCGUUUUCACCUCAUCGUACCACUCCGACCCACCUUUGCUAAAGAGUCAGAGACUAUGGAUGUUGUUUUUCCUUUCGCUAAUGGCGACGGGAAGGCUGCUGAUGGUAGGAAGGACAAACUUGAACUCGUUACAUUUUCGAAAGAGGUCAUUUUUUGUGAUGCGGCUGAAUCACCCGGUUUAACUGAAAAGGACGUAGAUGACGAUGAUUUAGUAAAAUAUGCGUACUACGUUAUUGGCUGGGGUUUGAGAAGGUGA